CCCAAACUGAAGUCUCCUCCUUGUAGCAGCACAUUACGGUGAGAAUAUUUAGCUUGAUUGACAUUUCAUCCUCUGGAAAAUGUUAAACUAAAGUAACGUUAGAAAGAGUUUUAUAAACGACACUUGUGUGAAGUAGUUAAUGCACUGUAUGUGACUGAGAGACAGCGGCGUACGCUAUGUUUCUGUCAGGAAGUUGACGUUAACUGUUAGCUGAAACUGGUAACGUUAGCCAACGGCUAAUAUUUAGCUAACCAGCGAUUUCGCCGGUACGGGCGGACCUCUUUGUCUGACAGGAGAAGGCGUGCUCUUUUGUUAGGCUUUUCCCUUUGUUCACUCGGGAAAAGGGGAACUGUUGGGUCGGGAUUUCACUAUUAUUCGCAGUUCUCUAACUAUUUAGAAAAUGCAAAUCGCGAAAAAAUACUUCACAGAAGGCCUGAUCCAGUUUACGAUCUUACUUAGUUUGAUUGGAGUUCGUGUGGAUGUCGACAGCUACUUGAAUGGCUAUUUCACGCCUCUGUUAGAGAUUAACCUGGGACCCAGUUCAGCUUACAUCCAGACACCCUUUCACAGUCUGAGAGACACUCUUGAUGGAUACAGCGUCCACCCAAAAUGUCCCGAGUUGGACUAUUUUUUCGCCAGUCGCCGGCUGCUAGACGAGGUGCGGACUCUCGGAUCUCCGCGGUUCCCCACGCAUUUGAACGCAUGGUUGGUGCACCAAGUGUCUGCCGUUGACAAGACCGAGUCUGGACAGCCUUCAAACAGCGACAGCAUUGACACCAGCUCAGGGUUGGAGAGCCCCGGGGACGAUGCCAGUGAUGAUGGUCAACACCUGCCUGACAGCGGCCAGGAGGAGUGCCAAACAGCCCAGCGUCACGGCGGACAAGGGCCUUGUACCUCUGGAGCCUGUGGCUUUCUGAAAGAUGAGGAUGAUGCUAUUGCCAAAGAGGAGGAACCAGUCUCAUUUGGUCAGCUGGCUCACAGUUCUACACUGGAACAAGAGAGUCUGCUUAAUGGUGGUAUUGCCCUUUCUGAUCCAGUGCCUCACCAUCCUCCCAUUGACAUUGAACAGCACUGGAGCAGUUUUCUCUCUCUGUCUGUCACUGACCUAGAUGACUUGGACUCCUUGGUCCCUGAACGUCUUUUAGACCUCGACUCAGACAUCACCAGUGCCAUUAGUCAUGAUGUCAGUCUGCGUGAUGCCAUGGUAACCAGGGCCGGAGCAUCAGAGAGCAUGCAGGCCAGGCCAGGCCAGGCCAUCGCUCAGCAACAGCCACCUUUUUUCCGACUGGAAUCCACAAACUCCUCGUACUCAGACUCAUCACCAGGAAUGACCCCGAGCUUGGCUGCACUCCCCUUUGCUUCAGUAUGUAAUGUAACCAGGAAUGUGUCAUCACAUGGCACACUGAGUGGUUGUCUGGAUGAGGCGGUGUUUGACCAGAUUAACCUGUUGGGUUUGGAAGGCCUUGACACCAUUGAUGUCCAGCUGCUGGAUGGUGUCGGGAGCAUAGACCCACAAGUCCUGGAGGACCUAGACUCAGACUCUGGUCUCUCCUUAGAGAGCGGCUCUGGAGGUCCAGCCUCCCCAGGCACAUCCGAGGUGUCAUCGUCGUCCAGCUCAUACUGUGAGGACGAAUGUGGGGCUACAGGCUACAGCAGUGAAGCAGACUCCUUCCCUUCCAAAGGCAUUGCUGACUACACCACAACAUGGACACCUGUGGAUCUCAGUGAGAGUGUGUGGCAUGACCAUAGCUACUCCUCCCCUGCUUUCUUCCACCAGCCAUCGGUAGCGACACUGCCCCACAAAGGCAUCAAAGAGGAGCCUGUCAGCGAUGAAGAAGAGCAGAGGUUUGAAGAAAGGGAGCUAAGUCGUGAUGAGCUGCGAGCCCGUGCAAUGUGCAUCCCAUUCUCAGCCCUGCAGAUCGUUAAUAUGCCUGUGGAAGAGUUUCUGGAGGUCCUCGAGGGCCAUGGUUUUUCACCUGAACAGGUGACACUCCUGAGGGACAUCCGUAGGCGGGGAAAGAACAAAUUGGCUGCACAAAACUGCCGCAAGCGUAAACUAGACGCCAUCACAGGACUCCAGGAGGAGGUGGCGAGGCUGCAAGCUCAGAGAGACAGGCUGCUCAGGGAGAAACAGCUUACAGCCAAGACAAUGUGUGCUGUGGGCCAGCAGAUUGAGCAGCUCACCAGGGACGUCCUGGCCAGGCUGAGGGAUGAUUCAGGACAACCACUGAGCCCGGACAGAUUCACCCUGCAGUGCGGGGCUAAUGGGAGGGUUGUGGUUCAGCCUGUAAGAAGGCCCACUGUCUCUACUACAGCUGGAAGUAAAACUGACAAGAGGAAGAAGGACAAAAAGCAAUAAUGCUGCAUUGCCAGCUGGGACUUGAGGCUUGAGGCUUCAGGAUUUUGCUUAUUUCUGAACUCACUUGCCUGACUCUGGUUUUGGGAUCUCCUUUUCUCUGAGAGUGUGUGUUUUCACCUCUGUUGGGAGCCUAAAAUGUCAAAAGCUGCAAAAAAGAAACUGAACAUCUGUAGGCCUAAAUAAAAGAAAAAAUCUUUUGGGAAAAAUGUAGCUUACACACUGGACAAUAAUAUUUUGCUUAUAAACAGGCAAUCUGGGUAGUUGCAGGGUACAGCUAUCUUGCUAGCGGUGCUACCUGUGUCUUUGUGCCUGUUAGUAAGUCAUUGACUCUUACCCUUUUUACUGAAGAAAGUAUAGACAACCAUAUUAAAAGUCAACCUGGCGAGCAUUGUGACUCUGAAGUGGAUGGGUUCUUCUGCAUUGAGCCAUGCCUGGAUAUCCAUACAGUAUCAGCGAAAGGUAGUAGAUUGUAUCUAAAAAGAUGUUUCUGAAAGACUAAUAUGCUCGUCUGUCAUAAAACUGUCAAGGGUAGUUUUUUUUUUUUUUUUCAUAACAUCACCUUUUUUGAAAAGUAAGAAUUUAGAUGGCAUAACUAAUCUACAGUAUAAAAUUCCAUUAUUGAGUCAGAUGUUUAUGAGGGCAUGUACUGUUCAUUAAGCAGUUAAAAUUUAGUUUGGGGUGGGGGUUCUUGUCAUGCUGGCAUACAAUACAAUAACCAAUUUCUAAAUUGAGAAGGCCUUAAUUUAAAUGCAAUUGUUUUGAUUAUUGUGUAUCCAUGAUGCACAGAUGUACAUUGCCAUAUCAAAUUGUAUUUUUUCUUAAGAGUCUAGACCUUUGGUUUAAAUUAAAGAAUAAUUCUUUUAAGCACAAUUCCUUUUGCUUAACCCUUUUAUGUCAAGUACUUAGUAUUUGGUAAAAUUAUAUUCUACCUCACACCUUAUUUUAUGUUAAGGACUUGGGCAAAAUUAAAUUGAAACUUUUUUUUUUUUUUUUUUUUUUUUGUAAAGGGAACUUAAGUGCACUCAGUCAUCCUUCAUUGUUUAUAUGGCCCUACAAUGGACCUAAACCAUUUGAUUCCAAUAUAAUACAAACACCAACUGUAUUGGUAAAAGGAUCAAGUGUUCUUUGGAUGUUUUUAUAUAGUUCAGAUCACCUAAAAAAGAACAGAGUAUUUAGUAGAAGUUGGCAUUUUAUUCAUGGUUAUACACUUAUGCAGUUGCGAGUGAAUGAGUGAAAAAUUGGAGACAAGUAAAUAGUUUUAUUGUGACUCAUGAGGUGUUACUUUUUCCUCAAAUUAUUUAAGUUUUCGGUUUGACCAAGACUGUUUGUGAAUACAUUUCUUUUCUAGUAUUUCCUUUUGGCCUGUAAAUGCGUGUUUUUUUCUGUUUGUUUGUUUGUUUGUUUGUUUGUUUGUUUGUUUGUUUGUUUGUUUGUUUUUGGUUGCAUGGUGAUUGCUGAAUGUUGGUAUGAGGUGGCUUAGAAAACUCUGAAUGAUGUUACUGCAGACAAUUUGUUUGUGAUUUAAUAAGUAAAGAUAAAACUAAA